AUGUUCAGGGGGCUCGGCAGGUGCUUUGAGGAGGAUCCCUUCUUCAGCGAUCCUGCCCACCAUGAGCACAUGAGGCAGAUGAUGAGGAGCUUCUCAGAGCCCUUCGGGAGGGAGCCGUUGCUGAGCCUGCCAGAGGGCAGGGACAGAGCCGACAGAGCGCUGCAGUGGAGAGCACGCCCAGACUCCCGGCUGGCUCCUCGGGGGAACCGCAGAGAUGCAGAUUUUGGGGAUCCAUUUUCUACCAUGGACAGGAUGAUGUUAAACAUGAGGAACAGUAUGCUGGAAAUGCACAGGAAAUUUGAUGACCUGUCCACGUACCCCAAUGGACACAUGUUCAGCUCCUCCUCCAUGAUGACUUUCUCCAAAGUGGAGGAUGAACCUCCAAAGGUUUUCCAAGCCUCAACCCAGAUUCGCACAGCCCCGGGAGGUGUUAAGGAGACAAGAAAAGCACUUAAGGACUCUGAAAGUGGCCUGGAACAAAUGGCCGUUGGCCAUCACAUCCAGGAUUGGGCUCAUGUCAUCAAAAACUCCAAGAACUGCAAGACUGGGGAUGAGGAGAUGAACCAAGAAUUCAUCAAUCUGGAUCAAUAUGAGGUCCAGAGCUUUGAUGAGGAGUAGCAGAAGGAGGUCUUGAAGUUCAAGCGAACUAGAAGUUCUUUAGAAGCUCCAAAAUACAGAAGUAUCAAUUACAAGGAGAAUGGAUCAAGAAGAGAGAAGCUACUUGGAACUGGAGAUUCCAGAGUGUCCAAAGAUUCCUUGGAGUCUCUCAGUGUGAAAGGAACACAUGUCCCCCUCAACAAAAGCAGCAGGAAGUAA